AACGUGUCACUUUCCGGAAGUCAACAGACUCUAGAUUUGCUGCGAGAAACUGAAUUAUAUAAUUCGGAUCUUGGCGAUUUGCGUGGUUAAUUUUACACGUUUUGCUCGGUUGCUAAGCAACGAACGUGCGGCAUCUUCAUGUGUUUAUAUUGUUGCUUUAUAGUAAUAAUUUUACACAGCUCGGUAGUACAGGAUAUGUAGAUGACACGCAGCCAAUCCGGCAAACGGUUCUGAUUGCUUUGUAAAUAAUAAUAUUAAUUCUUAUUUAUUUAUUUUGACAUGGCUGCUUGUUGCGUAGUCAGUAACUCGGCCACUUCCGGUCUAGUGGUCUGAUGUUUUGGGCGGGUGCUUGUGUUUGCGCGCGCACACCUCAGACACACCAAUACGCGGGGAAUAAAAUAAUAAAAACAAUGAAAACGAGUUCGCGUUAUUUCAGCAGUGAGAGAAAAGCCGAGUCAGAUCUUUCACAAGCUGAUACAGCGGCCAAAACUUUAUUAAAAGAGAGAGGAACCCGCAGACUGAAAUGCAGCAGAAUGAUGGAGGAAAGUUCUGCAGGGAUUAAAGAAGAACCAGGAGAGGAAUGUACCAUUUCUAAAACAGAGGGGUCUCCACAUGGGCACUGUGGAUUAGUAAAGUCAAACGUCACAGCAGAACCUAAGGAAGAUCCCGAGGAUGGCCACGCCCCUUUAAGAUCACCUCGCACCUUGAGGAGGGGCCACGUUAAAGUGGAGUACGAAGACAAGGCGGGACCCUGCGUCAAAACGAAAGAUCGCUGGGAACCGCCCGAUUGGAGGACGCAGCUGUCCUUCAUCAGAGAGAUGCGGAGUGGACGGGACGCUCCGGUGGACCAGAUGGGGGCGGAGAAGUGCUACGACCCCCAGGCUCCACCCGAGGUGAUGCGUUAUCAGGUGUUGGUCUCCUUGAUGUUGUCCAGUCAGACGAAGGAUCAGGUGACGGCUGCAGCCAUGGAGCGGCUGCGUGCACACGACCUCAGUGUGACCGCCGUCCUCAAAAUGGGCGAGGAUAAAUUGGGCGAACUGAUCUACCCCGUGGGCUUCUGGAAGACGAAGGCGAAGUACCUGAAGCAGGCGACGGAGAUGAUCCAGCGUGAGUUUGGAGGUGACAUCCCUGACACGCUGGAGGGUUUGGUGCGUCUCCCCGGGGUCGGCCCCAAGAUGGCCCACCUGGCCAUGGGCAUCGCCUGGAAACGGGUCUCCGGCAUCGGAGUGGACACGCACGUUCACCGGAUCUCUAACAGGCUUGGAUGGACUCGUGCCACCACCAAGAACCCAGAGGAGACCCGUCGAGCGCUGGAGGAGUGGCUUCCGAGAGAUCUGUGGCGUGAGAUAAACUGGCUGUUGGUGGGUUUCGGGCAGCAGGUCUGUUUACCCGUCUCACCUUUGUGCGCCGCCUGUCUGAACCAGCACACCUGUCCCUCCGCCCACACCGCCUCACCAGCCCGCAGGCCCAAACCUGGCUCUCCGCGAUCUCCCAGGGAGCCUGCUAUACCGCCAAAGAUCCCUGAAAUGAAACCGGAGGCGCCGACGCCACAGAUCAAAGAGGAACCCGUCGCCGUUCCCCUGUCCGUGUCUCGUCCGCGACGGAAAAGGGAGAGGGACAGAGCGGACACGCGAGCCGAGGCAAAAGAGCCAAGAAACGACAGGAAGCUCCGGGAAGAGCGAGGAAACGAAUCGCAGGCGUGUACGGGAAGGAGAAAGGAAGAGACGAGAGGCGGAGAGAAGAAGGCCGCGUGUCCUCGGCUCCAGAGAAGAACCGGAGAGCGCAAGCGCUGAUGAUAAACCGACGGCCAUCGGGAAUGAAUCCGAGAGGACAGACUUCAUCUCGGAAUUUUUCGGAACUCGUUACCGAACGAGGCAUUUCAGAAAACUGAAACUUUUCUCAUAUGUUUUUUUUUUUAAAAAAAAACACUUUUAUUAAAAAAAAACUGAUUAAAAGUAA